CAGCUGCAGCAGACUGUCGCUGGGUGUGCUGCUGGUCGGGCUGGCGGGCUGCCUCGCCUGGAGGCUCGCCGCCGGCGGCGGCCCCGCGGCGGGCGGCGCGGCCCCGGCGGGGGGGCGCGGCGGGCUCGCCAGGGCACGGCGGGUAGAGGUGCCCGUGGACGUGAUGGCCGUGGGCGUCGCUGGCGCCGUCCAGCCGCGGCGGGCGGAGGUAUUCACGGGUGUGGAUGACGCUCAUCCUGGACAGGUGACGCCCAUGGCUGCAGGUGACCCCGGAGACGCGGGCCCAGCGCGCUUUCCAAACACAGCGACCACUCAGUCGUCCACCACCACCACCGUCGCCAGCAACGCCACAAUUAACACAACCAGUGGCACCACCGCUGCCUCCACGAGCUGCGAUAAUCUCUGCCAGUGGGACACCAGUGCGCCCGCUGUAGUUAUCACCCUGGUGAGAGAAGACCUGUGCGCCAUGGAGAUCACUGCGAACGCGAUCCUCAGACAGGAUCCUCUUCGACGUCUUGGUAAGGUGAUCCUUGUGUGGGUCUCUCUGACUUCUCCAGACGAGUUCUCCGAGCAGUUGACAAACAUUCUAGCCGUACUGAAACUGCAUGGCGAAGUGAGAUUUCUAAGCGUGAGUCUGCCAAGGGGUGCCGACGAGUGGCGUGCCCAGCAGGCUGUGAGGCUCAAGGCAGCCAGCGAGGUCCAGUCGGACUUCUACAUCGUGCUGAACGCCAGGGACGCGCUCCUUCAGGACGUCUCGGAGCUGUUCUUCACCCGCUGCACCCAGGGCAGGCUCUUCGGGCGGCGCGCCAUGCUCGCGAUGCCGCAGCCGGAGCGCGACGCCUACGACACCGCAGCUGCCCUCCUCGAGCUCCAGCCGCUCCGCGAGGGCAAGUGGCCCGCCCUGGCCGCGCCCCUGGUGCUGCACACGAGCACCGUCCUUGGCCUGCUGCGCACGCUGGGCGAGCCGGCGGAGCUGGGAGACUGCGCGGCCGCGCUCUGCGACGCCCUGGCGGCGGGCGCCUCGGAGCUCACCCUCUAUGUGGUCCACGCUGUGCGGUCGGUGGCCUUCGACUGUAUCCACUCGGUUCAGGACGACGACGUCGCCCUGGUCGUCUUGCCAGCCUCUGGCGAGGCGCAGCAGCGGGCGGCCGCGCAGCGGGUGCGCGCCGCCGCCGAGGCGCCCGCGGGCCACGGCCGCCCGACGGUUCUCGGCGUGCGCGGCGGCGCCCUGCGCGCCCUCGCGGGCGAGACGCGCCGCCGGGUGAUCGCCGACCUCGCCCGGCUGUACGGGAAGGCCGGCUUGCACCGGUUCAGCACCGCGGAGGACCUGGCGGGCUGCCUGGACCCGGGGGCGCCCCGCCCCGCCGAGGACGUGGGUCUGACCGCGCGCGGGCCGUCGGUUGAGGCAAUCGAAUGGCGAGAGACGGCAUGA